AUGCCCGAUCAGCCCACCGAGAAGACCGACGUCGCUGCGCCCGCGACCGAGGGCCAGGAAACUUUGACGGCUGAAUUGAACUCCAAGGAGGAGACCAAGACUGAGGAGCCUGCCUCCACCGAGGACAAGACCGAGGACAAGACCGAGGACAAGAUCGAGGACAAAAAGGACGAGGCGACCGAGGAUAAGGCUGCCGCCGAAGGUGACUCGGAGAUGCCUGAUGCGCCCGAUGCCUCGGCCGUCGAUGCCGAUCAGUCGACCACGGCCGACAAGACACCCGCCAGCAGCAAGGCGCAGCAGAACCGACGCAAGUCGGGAGGGGCGGCUCGCAAGACGCCGAACAAGAAGGCGUCCAAGGCCAAGACGACGAAUCUCGACGCGAAGCCCGGCGAUUACUUCCUCGUCAAGCUCAAGGGCUUUCCUGAGUGGCCCGCCGUCGUGUGCGACGAGUCCAUGCUGCCCCAGGCGCUGCUGACGACGCGACCUGUGACGGCCGCCAAGCCCGACGGAACCUACGCGGAGCAAUACGCCGACGGUGGCAAGCGUGUCUCCGACAGGAACUUUCCCGUCAUGUACCUGCACACGAAUGAGUUUGGCUGGGUCAUCAACACAGCCCUCACAGCCUUGACAGUGGAGGGUGCCAAGAAGGCCCUGGAUGGGAAGCUUCGCAAGGAUCUCAGGGAAGCGUUCGAGCUCGCUGCCGAGCACCAUCCCCUCGACCACUACAAGGAUCUGCUCAAGAAGUUCGAGGAAGAGGUGAUUGCCAGGGAAAAGGCUCUGCAGGAGGCGGCCGCCACACCCAAGAAGAGCAAGAAAGCCAGGGGCAAAGCCGGUGACGACGACGAAGACACCGACAUGGCGGAUGCCGAGGUCCCCAAGAGCAAGAGCAAGAAACGCAAGGCAGAUGACGAGGCGGCGCGGACCGACUCUGCCAAGAAGCCCAAGAUCAAGCUGAACACAUCGUCCACGCCGAAAAAUACCAACGGAACGCCGUCGCAGGCCAAGGACGCCUCGGGCAAGGCCAAGCCCAAGGCGAAGAAGGCGGAGAAGAACGAGAAGCUGACGGCCGAGGAGCGUCUUGCCCGCAAAGAGAAGGAAGUGCUCUACCUCCGCUACAAGCUCCAGCGCGGGCUCCUGAACAAGGACCAGUCUCCCAAGGAGGAUGAGAUGAAGCAGAUGGCCGACUACAUGACGAUGCUCGAGAGCGUGGGCGACCAGCUCGAGGUGUCCAUCAUCCGGGCUACCAGGAUCAACAAGGUGCUCAAGCAGAUCCUCAAGCUGUCAAGCAUCCCGCGCGAAGAGGAAUUCAACUUCAGGAGCCGAUCUCAGAAGCUCCUGGACAGCUGGAACCGGGUCAUGUCGGAGCCGCCGGCCAAGGAUGCCGACGCCAAGGACUCCGCUGCUGCCAACGGCGUCACCAACGGCUCGGCCGAGGACGCGGAGGACAAGCGGGCGACCCCCGACGAAGCCGACGGCAAGGCUGAGAUGAAGGAAGAGACCGAAGCUGAAGAGACCAAGGAAGACAGCAAGUCUGACGACAAGGCUAGCGAACCUGAGGGGAAGGCUGAGGAGCUCACCAAGGAG